UAGGACUAGGAGUAAUUUAUAUACGUAGUCCCUUCCUAUAAUAAUAGACAAAAGUGCUUUGGGAGUGUGUGUGAGUGAGAGUGUGGGGGUGUGGUGGUAGGGUCAGGUUAUCCCCACGAGAAAAUCUACUUCCACUCCCGCCUUCCCGCUUCUUCUUGAAUCUCAUUCUCUCAUCUUCUAUACUAUACCCCAUUUGUUUUGUUUGUACACAGAGAGAGAGAGAGAGAGAGAGAGAGAGAGAAGCAAAGAAAGUCAUGGAAAAGAGAGGGAAAGUUAUAGAAAGUACAAAGAGAUAGAGAGUGAGUGAGAGAGAGAGAAUAGUUGUAGCAGUUGAGGAAUGUGAAGGAGUUUCUUCUCUGGACAUGGACACCCCAGAGAGGAACCAGAUCGGAACUCCCAUAUCUAAAUUUGAGGAUUCCCCUGUCUUCAACUAUAUCAACAGUCUUUCUCCUAUCAAGCCAGUUAAGUCCACACAUAUCACUCAGACAUUCAACCCACUUAAUUUUUCAUCUCUUCCAUCUGUUUUCACUUCACCCCAUGUCAAUUCUCACAAGGAAUCUAGGUUGAAAAGGCAUAACUGUUCAGAUCCAUCAAAACCCGAGUUUUCCUCUGAAAAUGGGAAUAAAGUCUGUACAAAUGAAGGAAUUGGUGUGGAUGCUACUCAGUUGUAUGAUAACUCAGCUGAGCUACAGGAUAAUUUUGAUUCAAGGGUUUCUGAUGGAGAAGCUUCUGUUGAGCCAUCUAGUGAACAUUCAAAGUUUGCAAUUGAGCUACCACGAACCUUAAAAUAUGAUUGUGGCAGCCCUGUCUGUGACCCAACACCUUGUUGCAGUACUGAGGCAGGUUGUAUGCCAACAUCACUUGUUCAAUGUGGUCAAGAGGCCUCUGCAAAGGGUUCAUCUGAAGGUGAAGUGCAUCUCUCUGAGAUGUGUCGAACUGACCAAACAAAAGAAGGGUUAGAAUGUGACUGGGAGAGUUUGAUUUCUGAUGGUCCUGAUAUAUUAAUAUUUAAUUCUCCCAAUGGCUCUGAGGCUUUUAAAGGGCUAAUUCAGAAAAGUGGAGCCCUUGGAUUUUGUUCUUCUCUUAUGUCACAACUACCUCAAAAUGAGUUUAAUGAUGUACAUAAAAUCAAAUUUGAUGUUGAUUCUGGUGAACCAGAAGAUCUUUCUGCUAAACUGGAGAAGAUUGAGCUUGAGGAAAUAGACCAGUUUGCUGAUACAGCUAAUGGCAUGUCCAGCAAUGCAAGUGAGAAAUUGGAUAAUGAGGUUGGGAUGUAUAUACCACAUGGGUCUAAGGCUGUCACUAUUUUGCACCGUGGUAUGCGAAGGCGCUGCCUAGAUUUUGAGAUGGUGGGAGCUCGUAGGAAGAACUUAGGUGAUGGGUCAAAUUCUAGUUCUUCUAUGCUAUCACAAUCUGAUGAGAAUAUUGCCUGUCAUGAUAAGCAGCUGGUACCAUUCAAGCCUGGGGGAGAUUCCUCUCGGUGCAUCCUACCUGGAAUUGGUUUGCAUUUAAAUGCUCUUGCAACAACGUCAAAGGAUUACAAAAAUGUCAAGCAUGAAGAUUUGUCCUCUGGAAGACAGUCAUAUUUGCCCAGCUCCACAGCUUCCCUUCACUCCCCUAGUAACAGUCAAGAACCUUUUCUUCAAUCCCUGGCUACAGCCUCUUCUGAAAGAGAAACAGAUCAUGGUGAAAAUGGGGCUGCUCCUGUUGAAGAUGCCUCUCAGGCAUCUGCUUAUCAAGUUAGCGAUGAUUUCAAUCAGAAUAGCCCCAAGAAGAAGAGGCGUAGGUUGGAACAUGCUGGAGAAAGUGACGCCUGCAAGCGUUGUAACUGUAAGAAAUCAAAGUGUUUGAAACUUUACUGUGAAUGCUUUGCUGCUGGUGUAUACUGCAUAGAGCCAUGUUCAUGUCAAGAUUGCUUCAACAAGCCUAUUCAUGAAGAUACUGUUCUUGCAACUCGCAAACAAAUUGAGUCUCGCAACCCUCUUGCAUUUGCUCCAAAAGUGAUAAGGAACUCUGACUCUGUAACUGAAAUCGGGGAUGAAUCCAGUAAAACCCCAGCUUCAGCACGACAUAAAAGGGGAUGCAACUGCAAGAAAUCAAAUUGCCUCAAGAAAUACUGUGAAUGCUAUCAGGGUGGUGUUGGCUGCUCGAUUGGCUGCAGAUGUGAAGGGUGUAAGAAUGCAUUUGGUAGAAAGGAUGGAUCUGCUCCAAUAGGAACAGAAGCUGAACUAGAAGAAGAAACAGAAGCAUGUGAAAAUAGUGCAGUGGACAAGGUUUUACAGAAACCUGAAAUUCAGAAUAAUGAAGAGCAAAAUCCAGCUUGUUCACUUCCCAUGACUCCAUUACGGAUUAGCAGAUCAAUGGUUCCACUGCCCUUUUCUUCAAAUGUCAAACUGUCACGAGCUUCUUUUAUUACCGUGGGUUCCUCUUCGGGAUUGUAUACCAGCCAAAAACUUGGAAAACCAAGUAUUCUCCGAUCUGUACCCAAAUUUGAGAAGCAUUUCCAAACAGUUCCAGAAGAUGAAAUGCCAGAGAUACUUCGCGGCAAUUGCACUCCUAGCACUGGUGUUAAGUCAUCUUCUCCAAACAGUAAGAGGGUCUCUCCUCCUCAGAGUGACUUUGGGGCAUCUCCUAGUAGGAGGAGUGGCCGGAAGUUGAUAUUACAAUCUAUUCCUUCAUUUCCUUCUCUCACUCAGCACUAAAAUGUUGAUUUUCCCAUGAAGUUUAAAUUUAUUUUUCUUCCAAUCUUCUUUCUGUUGAAAAUAUGUUUUUGUAGUUGAUGUCAUAUGAGCUUGCCUAGUGUACCUGUGUAAUAAUAUGGUAUCUUCAAUCUUGCCCUCAUAAUGUAUACUUCUCUUGUAUGAUAUGGUAUUUCAAUUUAGUGCUUAUGUUUUUCCCAA